UAGAACAAAACGAAGGAGAGCCACGCACGGAAAUUACAGUAACUCCGUUCGUUGGCCAGAUUAAUAAACAAAAGGAACAUCUCGUUCGAUAUUUAUUUUACGGCAUUGUUAGGCCCGCACACGGUUAAAGAAAUGUGGGUUAUGGAUUGUAUGAUGUUGUCGUGACACCUCAUGUUCGGAGGACGCCCUAAUUGUUAGGAUCGCUGUUGCUAGCUGCUUAGCGUGACUAGCCCGACAUGUUUAUUUUAGUACUCGAGCGACGGCGCACGACGUGAUGGCAUGAAAAUCUCGCACCAUUAGAAAGCAACUGCGCUCCGCUUCGCCGUAAGGUUAAAACGUGCUAUCAGAAGCAAAACCCAUUGAGAUCCGCACAAAGUCAUCAUGGCCUGGGCUCUGAAGUUGCCUCUCUCCGACGAAGUGAUUGAGUCCGGACUGGUCCAGGACUUCGAUGCCAGCCUCUCUGGCAUCGGUCAGGAGCUCGGUGCAGGGGCAUACAGCAUGAGCGACGUACUUGCCCUGCCCAUCUUCAAACAAGAGGAGUCCAACUUGCCUCCGGACAGCGACAACAAGAUCCUUCCCUUCCAGUAUGUUCUGUGUGCUGCUACCUCGCCAGCCGUUAAACUGCAUGAUGAAACACUCACCUACCUCAAUCAAGGGCAGUCCUACGAAGUUAUAAUGCUUGAUAAUCGAAAAAUUGGUGAACUUCCGGAAAUCUCUGGUAAAUGGUUAAGGUGCAGCAUCAUUCGCGUGGUGUUUCACGACCGCCGACUUCAGUACACAGAGCACCAGCAGCUGGAGAGCUGGCGCUGGAACAGGCCUGGGGAUCGCAUUCUGGACCUGGAUGUGCCCAUGUCAGUCGGCAUUAUCGACCCACGGGCUAACCCUACUCAGCUUAACACUGUGGAGUUCCUUUGGGAACCGUCAAAAAGAACCUCCGUUUUUAUCCAGGUUCACUGCAUCAGCACAGAAUUUACCAUGCGCAAGCACGGCGGGGAAAAAGGGGUUCCCUUCCGCAUCCAGAUUGACACGUUCAAAGAGAACGAGAGCAGCGAGUACACCGAGCACCUCCACUCCGCCUCCUGUCAGGUCAAAGUUUUCAAGCCCAAAGGUGCGGACAGAAAGCAGAAGACGGACAGGGAGAAGAUGGAGAAGAGGGCACCGCAGGAGAAGGAGAAAUAUCAGCCCUCGUAUGAAACGACAAUCCUCACAGAGUGUUCCCCCUGGCCCGAAGUCACCUACGUCAACAACUCGCCAUCACCGGCCUUCAACAGUACACAGAGCAGCUUUCCGGUUGCAGAAGGAAACGGAUCACCAAACCACCAGCCCGAGCCUGUUGUUCAAGUAGCUGACAAUUUGUUACCUGCGGCGACGCCACAAGAUGCUCAACAGUGGCUUCUCCGGAACCGCUUCUCGCCCUUCUCACGGCUCUUCACCAAUUUCUCAGGAGCAGACUUGUUGAAGCUCACCAGGGACGAUGUCAUUCAGAUCUGUGGCCCGGCAGACGGCAUACGAUUAUUCAAUGCGCUAAAAGGACGGGUGGUCCGCCCGAGGUUAACCAUCUACGUGUGCCAGGAGUCGCAGCAGGCACGCGAGCAGCAGACCAAACAUGAGAACGGAGAUGCUGCGAACAACACGUUCUUUAUAUAUCAUGCAAUCUACCUGGAGGAGUUGACUGCUACCGAGCUGACAGAGAAGAUCGCUCAGCUCUUCAACAUCUCACCUCGACAGAUCAACCAGAUCUUUAAACAGGGUCCCACUGGCAUCCACGUGAUAGUCAGUGAUGAGAUGAUUCAAAACUUCCAGGAUGAAGUUUGUUUUGUUCUGGACACCAUGAAAGAUGACACGAAUGACGGCUACCACAUCAUCCUGAAGUGAACUAGAUCCAGUCGGUCCUUUCAACGAUCUAGCUUCACCCUCCUCGCUCUUUCCGGAUCACUAGGAAACGCCGCAGGAAGCCUCUUGAAGCUGUUCGGCGGAACACGAAGCACCUGGCCUUUUCAUGUCUUUCUUGGGAGGGAGUGACUCUGUUACCACAGUGACACAAAGCACAUCUCCCCUUGUCACCCUGCUGUUCUCUCGCCAACAUGGCCGCAUUUUCUCACCUCCUUUGCUCAUGUUUGGCUGGUGUGACCGCUGCGUCUGGUGUGCCAAAGGUUAGCACUCUGUAAUCAAGGUGUUCUUUUUUAAAAACUCUUGAAUACAACUCAAAUCAGUGCUAAGAGAAUACAUUGUGCCGGACGGGGAUGCAGCUAAAAGACCAGCUAACAGCCAGUUACAUCUUUAAGGGGAAGUGAAAUACAGCUAUUAACACAUUUAGCAUCUACUAGCUAAUAGUUGCACUAAUUCUGAUACUUUGAAUAGUGACUAAAAACUUAGUGGAUGCAAAUGAUGGAGUUAUUUAGCACAAAAACAUUUUAAUUAGGCUUUCUUGGACAACAGUACAUUUAAAUAGAUUUUAAGUAUUUUCUGCACAUUACUUUUAGAGUUUUGAAGUCUUUAUUUGUAUCCAUUCAACUGCUAGCAAUACUGGUAACAUGGGGCACACCAGAGUUGCGUGUGAGAGUUCAUUUUCUGUCUCUGCUUUUAUGAUCAUUAGACAUUUUUUAUACCUGUCCCAUCUGUCAGCCUUGGUACGAAUCCGCAUCACCGCGUUGUCUCGUAAAUACCAGAAAAAAUAAACACCUUUUCAUAAGAAAAAA